AUGUCAUUUAACGGUCAGAUAGAACAAUUUAUUUCCAGGUUCAACAACCAAGAUGCUGAUAUUCAAAGUAAACAUUUAGCGGUACUGGAGCUGUGUGAUAUAAUCGAAUUCUUGAAUAGUCCGGAAGAGUAUCAAACGUUUUUAAGGAAUGUGAUACCUGUAUUUGUGAAAGAACUCAAAAAUGUAGCGCCAUCAUUUGAUACAAGCACUUUUGAUAAUAAAUUGAGGUAUUCAAUACUGGACAUACUAAAUAGGUGUCCGAUGAACGAAACAUUUGAGCCAUUUGCGGGUACCGUACUGGAAAUACUGAUACAAACAUUACCCGCCGAAAAUGAGGAUAAUGGUGUUCAAUGUAUGAAAAUACUGACAGCACUUUUCAAAUCUUAUAAAGGAAUGUUGCAGGACAGGGUAGAAGGCUUUGUUCAAAUUAUCAUGCAGAUAUAUAAGAAUAGCGCGGAAUCGGUGCGGAAAACUUUUGAGGAAGUGGAUGACGCUCAUGUGUCUUCAGAUGACGAGGAAAAAGAAGAUAGCCAUUUAAAUGGCACCGAAGUAGAUUCACAAGGUGAUAGUAUUCAUGUCAGAAAUCCUUCUGGCCCUUCUGUUCUUUCCAAGUCAAGCAUGUAUUCCUUCAAGAUACUCUCCGAGUGCCCCAUAACGAUGGUAACACUAUAUUCUUCAUAUAAGCAGCUGACAGCUACAUCACUCCCGGAAUUUACGCCACUAGUAAUGGAUCUUCUUAAUAUGCAAGUCAGAAAGCAACAGAAAGCUCGCGAAAAAGCCGAAUUGAGAGGCGAACGUUAUACAGCGGUGGUACCAGAAAUUAAAAAUAGGUCGGCUUAUUGCGAUUUCAUAUUGUCACAAAUCAAGGCAACUUCAUUUUUGGCUUAUGUAUUCAUCAGAGGAUACGCAUCAGAUUUUUUACAAAACUAUGUUGGAUUCAUACCAGAUUUAAUUAUCAGAUUGUUACAAGAUUGCCCGCCCGAACUCUCAUCUGCUCGAAAAGAGUUGUUACAUGCAACACGACACAUACUUUCGACGAAUUAUAAAAGAUUAUUUUUGCCUAAACUAGAUUAUUUGUUCGAUGAGAAAGUUUUAAUUGGCACAGGUUUCACAAUGCGUGAAACUCUUAGACCACUAGCAUAUAGUACUGUUGCAGAUUUUAUUCAUAAUGUAAGAUCCGAAUUGCAACUUGAUGAUAUUGAGAAGACAAUAAAAAUGUACACUCGGUAUCUCUUGGAUCAAUCGUUGGCCUUAACGGUGCAAAUUAUGAGUGCGAAACUUUUACUCAAUCUUGUGGAGAGGAUAUUGAAGUUAGGUAAGGAGAAUCCAGCGGAAUCUCCCAAAGCUAAGAAGCUCUUAAUGGUCAUUAUUGAUGCUUACACCAAUAGGUUCAAAGUUUCCAAUAGACAAUACGACACAAUUAUGAAAUAUCAUAAAGAGUACGAAUCCAAUAAGGCUUCGAAAGCAAAGGAGAUUCAACAAGCUAUGAAGUUAGAUGUCAACGAAACAGAGGAAUUUACCAAAUAUAUCUUCAAUUCCGCCCAACCCUCUAUAGCGGGUUUUGAUUCUACAGUCGUUGAAGGCACACAGGAUACAGAUGAUGUUACGAAACAUAAAGAAGAGCAGUCUGGGCCGAUAGACAUGUUUGAUAUCAAAAACUAUGCGCCGAUCUUGCUAACUCCAGCAUCUACAAGCGAUCCUAUAAAGGAUGCAUUUUAUCUAUAUCGCACAUUGAUGUCGUUUCUAAAGACGAUAAUUCAUGAUUUGAAAGUCUUUAAUCCACCACCAACUGAUUAUACAGUUGCGAAUCCAAAGCUGUGGGUAUCCGUUUCCAGAGUUUUCUCAUAUGAAGAGGUUCUUGUACUGAAGGACUUGUUUCAUGAAUGUAUAAUUGGUCUAAGAUUUUUUUCAAGUAACGCGGGAAAAAAACCAUCUGAACCAGUAAAGAAACAUUUUGACAUUAAUAUGCCAAGUCUUCCGGUUUCUGCAACAAAAGAUGGUAGAGAAUUAAUGGAUUACCUAGCUUUUAUGUUUAUGCAAAUGGAUAACUCCACGUUCAAUGAAAUUGUUGAGUCAGAGAUAGAAUUUUUGUACCAAUCUAUGUUGGAAGAUUCCGCUCUUCUCCAUAUUGCACAAUCUUUUUUGACAAGUGAGAUAACCUCACCCAACUUUGCUGGUAUUCUAUUACGUUUUUUGAAAGCGAAAUUGAGGGACCUCGGUAACGUUGAUUUCAUUAAAUCGAACAUUUUAAUUCGUCUCUUCAAACUAUCCUUUAUGUCAGUCAAUCUCUUUCCUAAUAUCAACGAAAUCGUACUGCUCUCACAUCUUAAUGAUUUGAUCCUCGAUUCCUUGAAAUACUCUACAAUCGCAGAGGAGCCCUUGGUUUACUUUUAUUUGAUAAGGACGUUGUUCAGAAGUAUAGGUGGCGGUCGGUUUGAGAACCUUUAUAGAUCAAUUAAACCAAUUCUCCAAGUUCUUCUUCAAUCAUUGAACGGUAUGAUUUUAACAGCUCGCGUGCCUCAUGAGAGGGAACUUUAUGUUGAACUAUGCAUUACCGUUCCUGUGCGACUAAGUGUCUUGGCGCCAUAUCUUCCCUAUUUGAUGAAGCCGCUAGUUUAUGCACUUCAGGGUUAUCCGGAUUUGGUAUCUCAAGGCUUAAGGACAUUAGAAUUGUGCAUAGAUAAUUUAACUGCAGAGUAUUUCGAUCCCAUCAUAGAGCCAGUAGUAGAGGAAGUAAACAAGGCAUUAUUCUCAUUAUUGAAACCGCAGCCAUUCAAUCAUACCAUCAGUCAUACAGCUGUCAGAAUCCUAGGAAAAUUGGGUGGGCGCAAUCGUCGUUUAUCUAAACCAAUAUCCGAUCUAAAAACAACGCAGGAAUUGGACAUCGAGAUUGCAGCACUUUUCAAGGUAAAUGGCUUAGCGGAAGAAGUUCCAUUGUCCGUAACACCCGGUGUUGAAUCCGCCUUGGAAAUUUUAGAGGAUAACAGAGUCGAUGUCAGUUACAAAAAAGAUGCAUACAAGUACCUCGUAUCGUUAUUAAGGUUGUUGAUCAAAUCUUCAACAGAAUUUCCGGAAAAUUAUGCGUUGCUUGUUGAAGCGACUGUUAAAGCAUGCUCAACGGAUAAAAUCGAGCCACUUUCCGAUUUCGAUGCGCAACCAAGUCAAAAUGACAGGAAUUUUUCUAGUCAAGAAAAAUUGUUGAUUAAGCUUCUAAAAGCAGUUUUUCUUGCAACAUCAAUGACCGAGCUUGAAGAUGAUGCUACCACAUUAAUAAAUCAACUAGUGGAUCAUUUUUGCCUUCUUCAGGUCAGCAAUAGUCUGCUUGACAAAAGGAACUAUAGCAGCCCAUUCAAUAUCGAUAUUAAACAACCGGAGCAGCAUAUAAAUCCGAAAGUCAUUCUAGAAGCGAUAUCAUACUCAUUAUCUCAUUACAUCGAGAAAAUAAGAGCAGUAGGGGUACUCGCCAUUAAAAGAAUGUACGAUAGAAGCAAAAUGAUAUACGGUGAUGAACUCUUCUAUACUCACUCAUUUGUGAUAAAUUUAAUAAAAAGAUUGAUACACCACUGUUAUGAGGAAGAGUUUAAUAAGAAACGAGCUGGGGUUAUAGGUCUACGAACUUUAAUCAAAGAUAUUGAAAUUUCAAAUGACUUUUUGAGGAAAACUCAGUACGAACUAAUUGAUGGCCUACUCUUUGUUUUGAGAGAUACUGCAGUCCAAGCACCGGCAAUAAUAACUGAACAAACAGAAAUGUUACUUAUUGACAUUAUCCGGACAACGUGUAAGGAUGUCAAAGAAGAGGAUCUAAAUGGUAAAAUUUUGCAAAAUACUCUUACGGAUAUUGUCUGCGAGCUCAGUAACUCAAACGAAAAGGUGAGACUUACUUGCCAAAGAUCAUUGGCUACCAUCAGUGAAUCAACUGGUAUUCCCAUUGUAAAACUAAUGGAACAUUCAAAGAACUUUCUACUGUCUCCUAUUUUCGCGAAACCACUCAGAGCAUUGCCAUUUGCAAUGCAGAUAGGUAAUGUGGAUGCUGUUACUUAUUGCCUAGGGCUUCCUAACACGUUUCUAACUUUUAAUGAAGAGCUAUUCCGCCUACUGCAAGAGGCAAUUGUUCUGGCCGAUGCAGAAGAUGAAUCUUUAUCAACAAUACAGAGGGCAACAGAAUAUCAAACUUCGGAACAACUAGUAAAACUCCGUGUUGCUUGCAUCAAACUGCUCGCUUUCGCCCUUAAAAAUGAAGAUUUUGCAACGGCACAACAGGGAAAUAUCCGAUUCCGCAUUCUCGCAGUCUUUUUCAAGACUAUGCUUAAAACAUCUCCAGAAAUUAUUAAUAGCACGUACCAUGCCUUAAAGGAUGUUUUAGCUGAGAAUUCAAGAUUACCAAAGGAGCUUUUGCAAAAUGGUUUGAAACCGAUGCUUAUGAACCUUUCAGAUCAUCAAAAGUUGACUGUUCCAGGAUUAGAGGCCCUCUCGAGGCUUCUUGAGCUGCUUAUAGCUUAUUUCAAAGUUGAGAUAGGAAGAAAACUAUUGGAUCAUUUGAAUGCCUGGUCACGUAUCGAGGUUUUAGAUACCCUCAUGGGACAAGACAUUCAUGAGCAGACACCAACCAAAAUCAUUGUGAAUAUUAUAAAUAUAUUUCAUUUACUUCCACCCCAAGCCGAUAUGUUUCUUAAUGAUUUACUACUCAAAGUCAUGCUACUGGAGAAGAGAUUGAGAUUACAGAUUGACUCUCCAUUCAGGGUACCACUGGCAAAAUACCUUAACAGAUUUCAUGGUCCAGUUGUUGAAUAUUUCAAGAAAAAUAUGGCUUUGAGACAACUGGUCCUUUUCAUGUGCAGUAUACUACAAAAAGACGAUAGUAAAGAUCUAGUCACUGCAUUUGAACAAGAGAUGGAUUACUUCUGGGAAUAUUAUAUGUCAAAUAUUUCCACCAAUCGUGUCCGUGUUGUAAGUUUUUUCGCAAACAUGGUAGACCUGUUUGAUACAAUGGCAAAAAUCAGGAAAAAUGAUUGGCUCAAAGAUAAAAAAGGAAUGGUAUUCAAAUUAAAGGAUAUGCUGAAGAUUACUCUGGAUACGAUUAGAAAAAACUCUUUUUACAUCGACACCUUACAGCUGGAUCAAGCCAUUCUCAAGUACCAAAAACUUUAUCUUCAGUUUUUGACCUUUUAUCCAGAUGACCAUGCUUUACUUUUAGAUUUCAUCGAAUUCGCAAUAUCAAAUGACAUCAAGAUAUCGCAUGAGCUGCAUGUUUAUAUUUUCGAUAACAUUGUGAGCUAUGCUGAUACAACGCGGCAGAACGCCUAUUUGAAAAGCAGUUUGUCUUUUGCAUUGAGUGAUCGGUACCUUGACGCCGGCAUAUUUGUCUUACGGAAUAUUAUAAAUGCUACAUUUAUAUAUGAAGGUGCAAAGAGUCAGUCAUUGCGAAAGUUUAAUGAAGAUGCAUCAAGGCCAGAAUGGUUUGAUUUGCUACAUGAGAAGGUUUGGAAUAGUUCGAACGAAGUUUUGCUCAACAAUAUUGCUGGUCAAUACGAUAUAUAUAGGUUUGAACUACUGCAACUGUCUGCCAUAGUGAUUAACUGGGCUCCUGAUACUAUUUCUGAUUUCAAGAAAGAGGUGAUUAAGUUCAAUUGGCAUUUCAUCAAACUUGAGGAUACAUUGGUUAAGCAAUCCGCCUAUCUAGUCAUCUCUUAUUUUGUUUCGAAAUUUGACUUUCCGAUUAAGGUAGUAACACAGGUGUUCGUGGCGAUCUUACGAUGUUCUCAGGCCGAAGCUCGGUCUCUGGCUCGUAAAUCCUUGGAUCUUCUUGCUCCAGUAAUGAAUGAACGGAUGGCUGCCACAGAUACACCCAAUGCAUGGAUUAACUGGGUCAAAAGGGUUCUAUUUGAAAAUAAUUCUGCUCAAAACAACAUGUUAUAUCAAUUUUUGAUCAAUCACCCAGAUCUAUUUCACAACUCUAGAGAACUUUUUAUUUCUCAUAUUAUUCACCACAUGGGCAAGGUAACAUUCAUGUCUAAUAGCACACCAGAUAACCAUAUGUUAGCGAUUGAUCUAGCCUCUUUAAUUCUUUAUUGGGAGGAGAAAUCACUUCUAGAGAGCCGUCAUGAAGCGAUAUCAGAAGAAGAAGAUAUCGACAUGGACAAAAGUGAAGAAAAAGAACUUGUUGCGCGAUCUGUCCUCGCUAGUAGCAAUGGGUCCGUUUACCAAGUUCCUGUCAAUCUACGUGAAACAUGUAUCGCUUUCUUGAUUCGCUAUAUUUGUUCCAGCAAUCAUCGAGCAUCAGAGAGUGAACUUGGACUGAGAGCGCUGAAAAUUCUUUCAAGCCUUUUGUCCAAUGAACAUUGGUCAAAUGUUAAUGUUAAGCUAUUUUACUUUGAAAAGUUUUUAAUGUAUCGAGACUUGGGGUCUGAGAACAUUUUAUUUUAUUGUAUGAAUGCUUUAGAUGUCCUUUAUGUCCUUUUUCGGAGCAAAUCUGCCGACUGGUUAAUAGAAAAUUUAACUAUGAUUCAGAGUCUGCUCGAUAAAUGUAUGCGCGUUGAUCAUCAUGAUAUCCAGGAAGUUCUACAAAAAGUUCUCUCUUUAAUGCUAAAAGCUAUCAAAGAGAAAGAAGCACCGACAGACACGGAAGUAGAAACUCCAGGACAAGUAUUUGUGAAUACUCUUGUAUCAAUAAUAGGGCAGGAUUUGCAAGGGACCUCCUCUAUUGCUGCUGGGGUAAUGUUAGUUUGGACUUUGUUUAUGACUUUCCCCCAAAGUGUUGAUUCAUUAUUGGGUCUUAUUAUGAAGACCUUCAGUAAACUUUGUAAGGAUCACUUGAGUACGGCUCAACCUAAGGAUGCAACUGCAAUAGAAGAGGCAAAAAUCACUACAAAUCUUUUGGAGAAGGUCCUAUGUCUUCUUUCUAUGAAAGUGUCUUCUUUGGGUGAUUCACGCAGGCCAUUUUUAUCAACAGUAGCUCUUUUAAUUGAUCGUUCCAUGGAGCAGAAUUUUUUGAGAAAAAUCGUGAGUAUGGCCAGAAGCUGGGUAUUCAACAAUGAGAUAUUUCCAACUGUGAAAGAAAAAGCAGCUAUAUUAACAAAAAUGCUCGCCUUCGAGGUAAGAGGUGAACCUUCCCUAUCAAAACUUUUUUAUGAAAUCAUAUUGGAGCUGUUCGAUGGAAAAAACUUUAACAACACAGAGAUAACCGUAAGAAUGGAACAACCCUUUUUGGUUGGUACCAGAGUCAAAGACGUGGCGAUCAGGAAAAGAUUCAUGUUCAUUCUCGACAAUAGUUUAGAAAGAAACAUCAAAGAGAGAUUAUAUUAUGUAAUUCGAGAUCAGAACUGGGAAUUUAUUGCAGAUUACCCCUGGCUAAACCAAGCACUUCAACUUUUAUAUGGAUCCUUCGACAAGACCUACACUUUAAAUUUGACUGACGCCUACGACUUGUCUCCUCCAGGGAUACUGAAAGAGUAUCUAAAUGAGAAAGAGAGCAUUUUGAAGGAAGUCAAGGAUGAAGGUCUCGCUACAUUUAUCAAUGAUCACAUCAAAACAAUUCAAAAGGUGUGCACAGUUCCUUGUUCAGCAAUUCUUGAGCCGUUGGUUGAGAUAUUUUACCAAGACUCUAAUGCUAUUCAUAAGGCGUGGAUAAGCGUAUUUCCUCAGGCAUACAAAUGCAUACCAAGAAAUGAAAAAUAUGGCUUUGUGCGCUCCUUAAUAACUCUCCUCUCCAAACAAUACCACUCCAGGCAAAUAACGUCCAAGAACAAUGUUGUCAGUAUGUUAUUAGAUUCUAUCAGCAGGGUUGAGUCUUUAGAGUUGCCACCGCAUCUUGUCAAAUAUCUGGCCCUUUCCUACAAUUCGUGGUAUCAGUGCAUAAAAAUACUAGAAUCUGUCAAUAGCAAUAUAUCCAUUGAUAACAGCAAAAUAGUUGAAGCAAACGAGGAUGCACUACUGGAGCUUUAUGUUAAUUUGCAAGAGGAUGAUAUGUUUUAUGGCCUGUGGAGACGCAGAGCGAAAUAUACUGAAACUAAUAUAGCCUUGUCAUAUGAGCAAGUCGGUUUGUGGGACAAGGCACAACAACUUUACGAGGUUGCACAGGUAAAAGCUCGGAGCGGGGUUCUUCCCUAUUCUGAAUCAGAAUAUGCGCUAUGGGAAGACAACUGGAUACUUUGCGCAGAAAAGUUGCAAAACUGGGAUAUUCUUACAGAAUUGGCAAAACACGAAGGUUUCACGGAUCUAUUGCUAGAAUGUGGAUGGAGAGUUGCAGAUUGGAAUACCGACCGAGAAGCACUUGAACAAUCGGUGAAAAGCGUAAUGGAUGUUCCCACGCCUCGCAGACAGAUGUUUGAAACUUUCCUAGCACUUCAAAAUUUCGCAGAUACGAGAAAAGGGGAUCAAGAUGUGCGUAGACUAUGCGAUGAGGGUAUUCAACUGAGCUUGCAUAAGUGGGCUUCACUACCGGAGAGAUAUUCAUCUGCACAUAAAUGGCUAUUACAUGGGUUUCAGCAGUACAUUGAAUUUUUGGAAGCAACUCAGGUGUACUCUAAUUUACACUCAACAACAGUGCAAAACCUAGAUGCGAAGGCCCAAGAGGUCAAGCGUGUUCUUCAAGCCUGGAGAGAUCGUUUGCCAAAUAUCUGGGAUGACGUUAACAUGUGGAAUGAUCUUGUUACUUGGAGGCAGCAUGCAUUCCAAGUAAUAAACAAUGCGUAUUUACCUCUAAUUCCAGCGCUUCAACAAUCCAACAGUAACAGCAACGUAAAUACACAUGCAUAUCGAGGAUAUCACGAAAUUGCGUGGGUAAUCAAUAGAUUUGCUCAUGUCGCUCGGAAGCACAACAUGCCUGACGUAUGCAUCAGCCAAUUGGCAAGAAUAUAUACACUGCCUAACAUCGAAAUCCAAGAAGCUUUUCUAAAACUGAGAGAACAGGCCAAAUGUCACUAUCAAAACAUGAAUGAGUUAACGACUGGUUUGGAUGUUAUCAGCAACACAAAUUUGGUGUAUUUUGGUACAGUUCAGAAGGCUGAGUUCUUUACUUUGAAAGGUAUGUUUUUGUCAAAGUUGAGAGCACAUGAUGAAGCUAAUCAAGCUUUUGCAACAGCUGUUCAAAUAGAUUUGAAUUUGGCAAAAGCCUGGGCUCAAUGGGGCUUCUUUAACGAUAGAAGAUUAUCAGAGGAACCGAACAACAUCAGUUUCGCCAGCAACGCAAUUAGUUGUUAUUUACAAGCUGCAGGUCUUUACAAAAAUGCCAAGACAAGAAAGUUAUUAUGCAGGAUAUUAUGGCUAAUUAGUAUGGACGAUGCUUCAGGAUCACUUUCUAACGCUUUCGAGUCGUUUAGAGGUGAAGUGCCCGUUUGGUAUUGGAUCACACUAAUUCCACAACUAUUAACUUCUUUAUCUCAUAAGGAGGCAAACAUGGUUCGUCAAAUUUUGAUCAGAAUAGCCAAAACUUAUCCUCAAGCUCUACACUUUCAACUUCGUACAACUAAAGAAGAUUUUGCUGUUAUCCAAAGGCAAACGAUGGCUGUAAUGGGCGAAAGAGGUACUAAUACAGGACAAAAUGGAGCCACCAAUAAUGGUCUGCGCCAACCAUGGGAGCAUCUGCAAGAGCUAAACAACAUAUUGAAAACUGCAUAUCCUCUUUUGGCGUUAUCCUUGGAAUCUUUGAUUGCACAGAUUAAUGAAAGGUUCAAAACAACCACUGACGAGGACUUGUUUAGAUUAAUCAAUGUCCUACUAAUUGAUGCAACCUUCAACUACAAUCGUCUACCAUUCCCCAGAGGGAAACCAAAACUACCAGCAAAUACGGAAACAAAUUUGACCAGAUUUUCCGAAACUUUAUUGGCGCCUCAUAUCAGACCUAAAUUCAAUGCAGACUUUAUCGACAGCAAACCUGAUUUUGAAGUUUACAUCAAAAGAUUAAGAUAUUGGAAGAGGCGUUUAGAAAACAAGCUCGACAGGGCCCCGAAAGUGGAGUAUCUCGAAAAGCUGUGCCCUCAUUUGAGUAACUUCCAUCAUCAAAAAUUUGAGGACAUCGAAAUGCCGGGGCAAUAUCUACUUAACAAAGACAACAACCUACAUUUUAUCAAAAUUGCGAGAUUCCUUCCGCAAGUUGAUUUUGUUCGAGGGACGCAUUCUUCAUACAGGAGAUUGAUUAUUCGUGGAAAUGAUGGCAGCAUUCAUUACUAUGCGGUACAGUACCCAUCAGUGCGUCACUCAAGGCGUGAGGAAAGGAUGUCACAGCUGUUCAGGUUAUUCAAUAGGUCCCUAUCGAAGAAUGUUCAAACAAAACGCCGUAAUAUUGAAUUUUCGUUACCUAUCGCUGUUCCAUUAUCGCCGCAGGUGAGAAUCAUGAAAGAUAGUCCUUCCUUUACCACUUUUCAUCAAAUAUAUGAUGAGUAUUGCUCACAGAAAGGGUUAGAUCCAGAUUCAGUGCAAGACUUUGUUGUUGAUCAAUUGAAUAUUGCACAUGAUAAGGCAUUGCCUACGCCAGAUUUGACUGUUGUGAAGGUUGAAAUCUUCAGCUCAAUUCAAUCACUAUUUCUGCCAACUACUGUUCUGACAGAUUACUUCACCGCUUUAUUCACGAAGUUUGAGGAUUUUUGGUUGUUCCGUAAACAGUUUGCAUCACAUUACGGUACUUUCGUUUUCACCACAUACAUGAUGAUGAUAAACAACAGAACUCCUCAUAAAAUUCAUGUUGAUAAAGAGUCUGGCAAUGUGUUUACAUUAGAAAUGUUGCCAUCGAGGUAUCCACAUGAGAGGGUCAAACCACUACUGAAAAAUCAAGAUUUCAAUCUACCACCAGAUGCCCCUAUUUUCCACAAUAAUGAACCUGUACCAUUUAGAUUAACGCCCAAUAUACAAAAAUUAAUUGGUGAAUCUGCGCUAGAAGGUAUAUUUGCUGUGGAUAUUUUCGCAAUUUCUCGAGCAUUAAUGGAACCAGAGCAUGAAUUGAGCACUUAUUUGACACUAUUCAUUCGCGAUGAAGUGAUCUCAUGGUAUAGUAAUUUACAUCGACCCAUCGCUGAAAAUCCGCAAUUGCGUGAAAUGGUCCAGAAAAAUGUGGAUCUAAUUAUCAGGAGGAUAGCGCAAUUGGGGCAUUUAAGUUCUACGCCAGCUGUAACAACGCAGUUCAUUCUUGAUUGCAUAAGCUCUGCUGUAAACCCAAGAAAUUUAGCAAAAACCGACCUUAACUAUUUGCCAUGGUUUUAG